AUGGUAGUCAUGAAAACGCGCAUGAUUAUUGUGGGCGUCGUGGUGGUAUGUGCUAUAGCAGGUGCUAUUGUCGGUGUAAUUGUGGCAAUAAAAUCGAAAUCGGCUUCAACGUCUUCGGACGACUCUGCCAACUCAAGUGGCGCGUCCGGUAGCUCUGGCACCAAAACAUCAAACUCGAAGGAGUCUAGCGGUAAACCGAUCAAGGCCACUGUUACGUCUGAUCCGACAUCAGCAACCUAUUCACUUUCUGCUUUUGCAAUUGGGGAUUGGGGUACAACCGUAAACAAGGAUUCGUGUUGUUCCCGCUCGGAUACAUUCAACAAUUAUGAUGUUGUAGCUGAAGAUGUCGUAGCCAGUCUUAUGAACACGCAAGCAGGCAAGGUAGAUGUUAAACCGAAAUGUGUCUUGAGUCACGGAGACAAUUUGUACUGGACGGGCGUCAACAGUGAAGACGGACGAGACUCUCGCUUCACGACGACAUUUGAGAGCAAAUUCGAUGGUGACAAUUUGGCGUUAAUUCCUUUUGUGAAUGUGGUUGGUAAUCACGAUUACGGUGGUGCUAGUUACAUUUGCUCGGAUGGUGAUGAUAAUGCUGAGUGUAGCAGUACGGAUGACCUCGUGACAGCUCUGGAGAACAAGUUUAAGUGGCAACAGAAGUAUGUUAGUCCGAACAACAAUCGUUGGGUGCUGAAGGACCAUUUCUAUGUCUAUACGAUUGAGGACAAGGAUUCCGGUGUUAGCAUUGACAUCUUUAACGUGGACUCGGGUGAUGCUGAUGUCCAUGCAGCGCAGCAAGUGUGCUGCCAGUGCUACGGUUACGCGAAAGGAGACGAUAAAAAGUGCAAGGGUAUUGCCCGUGGUGACGAUUAUUGCUGUGGAGGAGAUACGGACAUGUACGACACGUGCUACGCUAAGUUCAAGGAGUGGAGUGAUGACUCACGCACUCAGCUGUUAGAAAAGGUGCAGGCGUCGAAUGCUACGUGGAAGAUCGUUAACAGCCACUACAGUCCUAGCGCGCACUACGCCGAAAAAGGCAUGAAGGCAUGGUUCGACAUUUUGGAAAAAAGUGAUAUCCAUGUAUGGGCGUAUGGACACACCCAUGGCGAAAAACAUGACUACUCCGAGUCACAUGGCGUGCACUUUGUAGAAAACGGUGCUGGUGGUGGUAUUCAGAAAGAGUCUGCCAGUGGAAUCACGACGUAUGCAGCUAAAUAUAUCAGCGACAAUAUUUGGACGUACUCGGGCGCCGACAUCGGUAAGACGACCGUCGGCGGUGUGGCGACCAAGCACUGCUGGUACGUGCCGGCUGACGGCACGAAGGGCGUGAAGUGCUCGUCGUAA